AUACCAGAGCAGSAGCCUGUGACGAGCUAGCGAAAAUAGCAUCAAAUCUAACUACACCUUCGGAAAGAGUACGGGGUGAAACAAGUUAAGAAACCUAAGCUAAAUUGCUCGCCGCCAAAAUGCAGAUAACAUUGAAAACUCUCCAACAGCAGACAUUUAAAAUCGACAUAGACGCAGAGGAGACGGUAAAAACCUUAAAGGAAAAAAUUGAGAAUGAGAAGGGAAAAGAUGGUUUUCCGGUUGCUGGACAGAAGUUGAUAUAUGCAGGGAAAAUCCUAAAUGAUGACACAGCCCUCAAGGAGUAUAAGAUUGAUGAGAAGAACUUUGUGGUCGUCAUGGUGGCAAAGCCUAAAGCAGCCCCAGCAGCUGCCCAGCCUUCCGGUGCUACCACGACCACCACCUCCAUCACUACAGUCCCCACAGUACCCGCUGCUGCCUUGUCAGGCUCAGAUAACCCACCUGAGGYGGGCAAACCAGAGGACAAACCAGCUGAGGAGAGGCCCUCCAACACCUCAGCCCCAGCAUCAACUCCAACCAGUUCGUCUGGUCUCUUGGCCAAUGUGAACAUGUUCGAGGAGGCAACUUCUGCUUUAGUGACAGGCCAAUCGUAUGAGAACAUGGUGACCGAGAUGAUGCUGAUGGGCUAUGAGAGGGAGCAGGUGGUGGCAUCACUCCGAGCCAGCUUCAACAACCCAGAUAGAGCUGUGGAGUACCUGCUUACAGGSAUCCCAGCUGGGGAGGAGGGCCAUGUGAGUGCUGACCCAGUGGUGCCCCCUGUGGGUGGAGGAACUCCAGCUCUGAACACAGGCAGUAUGACCACCCCAGCCAGCACAGGCUCCCUAGCCAGCGCUGCAACAGGAGCCAACCCCCUGGGGUUCCUGGUUAACCAGCCUCAGUUCCUCCAGAUGAGACAGAUCAUCCAGCAGAACCCCUCUCUGCUCCCUGCCUUACUACAGCAGAUAGGGAGGGAGAACCCCCAGCUUCUGCAACAAAUCAGCAGCCACCAAGAGCAGUUCAUCCAGAUGCUGAACGAGCCAGCCCAGGAGGGGGGUCAGGGAGGAGGAGGAGGAGUAGGUGGAGGUGGAGGAAGUGUUGGAGUCGGGGUCGGUGGGGAGGCUGGAAGUGGCAUGAACUAUAUUCAGGUCACACCCCAGGAGAAGGAGGCCAUUGAGAGGCUAAAAGCCCUAGGAUUCCCUGAAGGACUUGUUAUACAGGCCUACUUUGCCUGUGAGAAGAACGAGAACUUGGCCGCUAACUUCCUUUUACAACAGAAUUUUGACGACGACUAAAAAGGGAGAGCCAUGAUAGUAAUUUCGGUCCUUAAUUUUUUUUUUCCUCUACUUUUUGAUCAAUAUUGGAUAAGCAUAAAUAAAACAUGGCCUURGCAUUUUCCCAAAUUUUACUACAAAUACAUGAUACCCUUUUUUUUUGUGAAAUAAAAGCUGUUACUCUGAUCACCUUAAUUGAGUAAAAGCUACUUGGUUAAUCAGAUAUCACCUGUGUGCUACCCGUUUGUUAAUUUUAAAAAUUUGGCUAAAGACCAACAUGAUUGUUUCUCAUAAGGAAAUUAAUACUGGUUUAAAAGGUUGAUCGCAGAAUGUAGUUAUAAGAGGAGUAGUUAUACGAGUAUGUGAUUGGGCCACUUGUUAUUGGAUAUUCAUAUACAUCAUUGUUCUUGUUUGAUAGUGUUUUUCUUUGUCUCAAUUGACCAGUAUAGGGAUCCCAGUACAUAAUAAAAACUGCAGUUUUUAAGUGAUAUUUUUAAACGAGCAACAUUGUUAUUUUGCCAUUUUCAUAUUUUUGUUGUUGUUAAACUUCCAACCAACUUAAAGCGACUUGCAUGAGCUACAGCAGAUUAAGAAAGGCAACUGUACAAAUAUGGGAAGUACUGAUGUUUCAUGCAGCCUGAAAAUAGCAAAGUAUCCUAGUUCUUUCGGACAUCUAAAGGCAUGUAUAUGACUUCCGUAGCUCAUAGUAGCCUUGUGUUUACAGUUACUAUCAACUUGAUUUAKUGUCAUUUUUACAGAGAAAUAAAACGUUUCAACAGAGUAA